UCACAGUGAAGACGAUGGCGGCCUCCGAGAUACUCCAGGAUCUGUUGACGAGCCCCCUGAACCUGGCGCUGCUCGCCCUGUGCGCCUACCUCCUCGUCAAGAUCGUCAGAGGAAGCGGCGGCGGAGGCGGCGGCGGCGGAGACGGAGCGGGAGGAGACGGCGGAGGGGAAGAGCGGCUGGCCCGACUCAAGAGGCGCGACUUCAACGUGGAGCAGCUUCGCGAGUUCGACGGCGUGCGGAGUCCGCGCAUCCUCAUGGCGGUCAACGGGAAGGUGUUCGACGUGACGGAGGGGAGGCGCUUCUACGGGCCAGAGGGCCCCUACGGGGUGUUUGCGGGGCGCGACGCCUCGCGCGGCCUCGCCACGUUUUGCCUGGACCGCGACGCGCUCAAGGACGCCUACGACGACCUCUCAGACAUGUCGCCCACCGAGAUGGAGAGCGUCCACGAGUGGGAGAUGCAGUUCACGGAGAAGUACCACCACGUGGGCCGGCUUCUCAAGCCUGGUGAGGAGCCCAACGAGUACUCGGACACGGAGUCUUCGAGCGAGCGCACAAAGGACGACUAGAGACAGAGAGAGAGAGGAGACGGAGAGAGACGCGACGCAGCCUCGCUCCACCCCGACUCGGCAAACCACGUACCCCCCGCCCCCCCCGCCACGGCCUCCGCCGCGGCGAUUCAAUACUCGGUUAAACGAUUGGGCGUGCCGCGAAUUGUUCCUUAUUUUUUUGUUGUUUAAACGUCGUCGUGAACGUCCGCGCCUCCAGCGGUCCCCCUGCCCCGGGGCCACCUUGGUCAGUCCGCUGCCGGGGUAGAGGCCUUCCGGUUGCUGUGGGUCGGUCGCGUGGAUCUGUAAAACGAUCCGUUAUUGCGCGCCAUUCCGACGCGUGCCAGCGGGGGAGCCGAUGUUGACGGGUUAACCGGUGCAACGUUCGACGCCCCCCCCCCCUUCCCUCUGCGGUAAAGGCGAGAGUCAACAGAUUCGAGUGUCGCAGCGUCGCCGGCGUCGACGUAGUCCUCGGUCAAAUCAUGCGUGGGGGAGGGAUGGACUCGCUCGCCGGUUCGUUUGACGCCUGCGGCCACUGGGCGCCCGCUCUGUGCGCCACCGCAGCUCCCCGAUUAGCACGGUCGGCCCACGUGCGAAACAAGUUGGACACGCCGCGCGCAUCGCUAGCAACUCAAGAGAAAAAAAAUCGUCCAUAGUUAUUCAACCGAAUCAUGGCAAUUAAUCGAGCGAUGGUGGAUGGGGAGGCGAUUUGACACGAAGCCUUCGGUUCCACAAUGCCUCGGGCCUAUCCCUCCACCCCAGACUGCCGCAAUCGAUCCGACCCAACCUUAGCCCAGCAUCCUCCUCUCCACCGCAGUCCCCCACCCCCUCCCCCUACAACCCCCACACCACCAGGUCCCACCAUCGAACCCUGCCCUCGUCACGCUGCGUCAACCGCAUCACGCGCUCCCGGCCGUCACGGCCGCCCGGCUAUCCCACAUCACGCGCUCCCGGCGCGGCCGCUACCCUUUUCCCCCGGGGACUCUGAUCGCACUGGCGAGCGAGCAGCAGUUCCGUGGCUCGGAGCAGGGCACAAGCAGUUUGCUGCUGGCGCACCAACGUUGAGCCUUCUCUCCCUGGUGCGCAUCGUUCGGCUUGUUGGGGGGAAGGGGGGGGGGGUGUAAUUGAAAGUGUCCGGAGAAAGCCACGCUCCCGUACGAGGGGAAUACAUCCAAGCUCACGGGAUGUCACGGUAGCGAGAUGUCAACUACCGCGCCUGGUGUACAGGAGGUCGUGGGUUCGAUCCGGACCCUGACGACGCCUGCUGUAUAUUUGGCGUUUGCGUGUCUCUCCCCGUGGUCGCGUGGAUUUUUCUCCGUGUCCUCCGGUUUUUUGCCUCCGCGAUUAGACUCGACAUCGCUAUGCGUUUAGAGUUAGUUGGCUCCUUGAAAUUUCCAUGCGACGAUGAGAAGCCGCGUCGAUGAGCUGUCAUUUGCGUGGGGCCUUAUCCGGUAAAAUAAAAAUAGUCUAGUUUAAACUCGGCUAUACAGAUCCAUCAGAAACCCACUUGGUGUCCUGUCUCCCACGAGCACUCCGACGUUGGUGUCUCGCACACAGUGACAACUCACGCUUGCGCGAUCCGUCCGCUGGAUUCCAGGCCGUAGUCGUAGUAACUCGGGUCUGACGUGGCUCAAUGGAACGGAGUCUUUCCUGCUCUGGGAGGUCACCAAGGCGUUCCAUUGUGUACUUAUCGCCAGCCGACAGUGGACUUGAGGAGGAAGUGCUUUAAAAUGACAACAUCGGGGGGGGCUCGUAACGGUUGUCGGGGCAUUGUACCGGCAUCGUAAGUUGCGAGUCCUGGGAUUGAGUCGUCGGGAUUGAGGUGUCCACGGUCAAAGCCGGUUCCAAAGCGCAUGGGAGAGGGUUCUCAGCCGAGGUCACUCUUGUGAAAGACCCCAACGCAGAAGAUCCCCCUGGCGUGUCGACCUUCCACGAAGCUGCUCGUGGUCACCACCCUCGGCCCGCAUCCACCCCACAAACCACGGCAGCGGCAGAUGCGGAUGGAAAAUUAACAACUCUCCGGUAGUGGUGGUGUGCGACUGUGGUCAUACAUACAUCCAGAACAGACCGUACAAUGACUCAAUGCCCCCCGAUCCACAAAUACGACGUAGGAGACAUCAUCGCGGCGACAGUACCCUCCACCGCUCCUGCUCCUCCUGACGCGGUGAUCUGUGCUUGACCACCUGUGCAUGUCGUUGUCUCUGCAUCGCCAUCAUCGGCCGCACGAAAGCAGAAGCCUGGUGACCGUGUAACGAAGCCACCCUGGCUGCUGCUACUGCGGCUGCUGCAUCUUGCACUUCCUACCGCUUUGGCUGUGCCCCCAGUUGCCCCGACUGGCUCGCAACGGCCGUCGACCGCAUGCCCCCGACGUGCAGCGAAACCGCUUUUGACAAAGCGCGACAAUAGAUCGUCGGGCGACUGGUCCGCGCGGGGGGGGGGGGGGGGGUGCUUGGAUCCUUUUUGAUUUGAUCAAUUUGUGUCACGCAAUGGGUUCGCGUCUAAUCCCCGCGGCCCUCUGGGAGGUGCUGCACCUGGAUCCCAACAGCGGCGACGAAUGUCCCUGAAAUGUUCUCACCCCCCUACCCCCCCGUGCCCAUUACUGGACUUCUGUGAGGCUGUGAGGGAGAGCUUCAUCGGAUUCCUCCUCCAGUCUGAAAUAAACAUUCUCAUUUGCAUUUUGGCCUCUUAUGCCACCUGCUCAUUGCCCAAUAGAGAGUGGCUGUGGUUUCCCACCCCCCCAAUACACGAUUACUAUUGUGGCAGUUUAAACAAUUUUUAUAUUGGAUACACCAGUUUUAUAUGGACACUGUGUGUAUAUAUAUACGAUGAUCGAAUCGCUUUCCUGGGCGUCCCAAAGUCGCUUCUCUCGUGUCGGUCACUCGGCGCUCCUUGUGCGCUUGGCGAAGGCGCAGCACCUGCAAUGAUUGCCCAUGCCACUGCCGGCUGAAUGUUCAUGCCCGCUACCCCCCCCCCCCCCCCACCGCCGCCAAAGGGAGACGUGGAGAUCACUGACAGAUAAUCGCGACAGAAACUCAACAUGCCCGUCAUUAACGCUGUGGCCUUAAAAGGUUACGGGGCGACUCUUCUACUUGUGAACGUUCGAAUUAGAAACUUUCAGAGAUACGAACAAACUUGUCCGUGUGUCCAGUUGCCCGUUCGGAUCGAGAGCUGUAAGUUCAACCGCCGCGCAAUAGAUGGCGGCGGUGGCAUCUACAUCUGCAGAACGUGAACAACCGGUGGCAUCUACGUCUACAGGAGAUUAUUCAACUUUUAAAGCAAUCCCCCGUGUUUAGUCUUCAUGCCGUAACAAAGUGUUUGGAAUCGAUGGGAGUAAAGUUGGACUUGCGAACAGGCCUCUGGAAUCUAGCUCGUUCGUAAGUAAGGGGAGUCCCUGUACGUGUCUAUGAUGUAAUAUGCGACGUUUCAGGCGAUGGGCCUUCUUCACAGCCGACGUGCGUCACAACGCGCAGAAUAAAAACGUGCAACAGAGCAUGACAUUGUGGGAGACGGGCCUUGUUCAUGGCGCUGUGAAGAACGUCAGCCACGAUGUAUUAUUCCUCUCGAGGCCCCCCACGGUGUUAUCUUACGAAGCGUUGAGUUUUUUUUGUUAUUAUCGUGUAGGGUACUUGGCCUACUCUUCCACGGUGGCCAGACGUCGUAUAGGAGCUGUGACAUUGUGAAUAUAAAAGUUCUACAUUCGUAUAAACGCGCAUGACAAUUAUUUACUGCAACCCAUUUAAAAAUACAAAAGCCGCCACCGUACAGCAGCGACGACAGCAGCAGAAGCGCAGCGUGGUGAGAUGUUGAGCAGUGGGGCCUUGAGGGCGGAGCAUCGGGGAGCAUGACCACAUCACGGAAGGGGUCACUGAAGGGCUCACUGAAGGGGUCACGGAAGGGGUUCCAUGCCGCGUCACCGCUCUGCUCCGCUGGUGCCCCAAGCCGUGCGUCCCUGCGCCCCCCCUUCCCUUCUAGGCGCUCCGACACCAAACGUGGCUCUGUUGUUUCGUUGUCUGCAUGACGAUAAUGACGACGACGACCUCGGUUACGCUGGUCUGCUUUGUAAUACGAUGAGACCCGCACGGCGCGACGGGGAGUUAGAAAAACCUGCGCGCGUGCAACGUUUGCCGUAUCAAGCGGCUUCGAAAACAAAAGAGACUGAAAUAUUUUGCCCGGUUUCAGAUGAAGCCGAGUCGGCGGGUCGUGCGUUGACCCCCUGAGUAAGUCGAUGAAGUGAGCGACACACCACGGCGUAUUUAACAGGCGUCGUAGCCCGCCGUUGACCAACGUCACCGUCAAUGAUGAUAUGUUUUUGGGUCGGAUUAGCACGUGAGUGAAUUACCAAUGGUGGCUUGUACCACCACCACCACCCUCCUCCAUCCAAAACAGCCGAGUAAAGUCGCGCGAAGAGAGACGUGCCAACGGCAUUCGCCAUCUAUCGCUUCGGCGCCACCGCUGUUGCCGCAGAGCGAGAUCCAUAACAUUGUAGCAAUCGGGUCCCUACGCGCCGUCAGCGCCGGGCGCUGGCGAACCGCGCCAUCGGGGGCGAUGGCCAGACUUGUGGCAGCCUCUGUCUUGUGUGUCGCGUGGACUCGGGGCUGUACGACACGCGCAUCGGCAAUUGUGCUUGCGUGACGGGACCCCAGAUUUCUGUUUAAAAACAUCGAAUGACGGAUGCGAUCCUGGUGCGUUGAUGGUUUACGAAUCGCCCCGGCAACGGCUGUGACAUUUGCACCUUGCUGGGAGCAGCCUGCGCGUCUGGAUGCCGUAUCCCAUGAAGCGUCGAUGCAUACAAGUGCUGCGCCAGAUGACAUGCAUUUAUAUAAUCUCGCAUUUUCUUUUGUCUUUUUUUUCCUUUCUUCCUGUGCUCCGUGAUACAACUUUUGAUGAUUUUUGUAAUCUUUGACUGUUGGAAAUGUAACAGCAAAAUAAAAAUACAUAAACGUAUUAGAGGUAAUUUGAAUAUGAAAUGUGAAAUAAAUAAAUAAACAUUCUCGCUACGAA